AUGAUGGCAUCCAGAAGAAGUAUUCACAUCCAACCGGAAUUUAGUUAUGGACGUACGAUUCCUGCGAGUCUUCCGGAUUCGUCGAGAAGGACCACAUAUUCCACCGGCAAUCGCGCGAGUUUCGAUGGUGGCUUUUAUCCAAACACCAGCGCAUCAUAUGCCCCGGAUCUGAGUGGCUCGUCUUACAACCCUAUCACUGCACCCAUGACCUCGAGUCCUCUAGCCCGCCCGGACUCAAUUUAUGGAUCGAAUGCUUAUAGCGUUGGCCCAUCAUCAAAUGUAUAUGGAACCGCAGGACCAAGUUAUGGUUCUUACACAAGCCAAGGUCCAAGUUGGGAGCCUCAAGGCAGAGUCUCGCCCGAGACGUAUAUGGACGAUUACGCUGCAUCUCCCAGCCCAACGGAUUACACGCUAGACUCCGUCAAUCGGUCAUCCGGAAAAGCAAGAAGUGAUGGGAAAGGCCAUUCUCAAAGACGACCAUCUAAUAGGGAUGAAUUUGAUGGACCGCAUCAAUUCUUACAACGACCACCCCCGGAAUACAUUGCCCAGCAGGAGAGAGAUUUGCCGCAUCUUCCCACAAACCUCGUGGUGCAGGAACAGGAUAGUGUCCUAAAUAGAGUCAAUGACCGGUUGUCACAGUGUGCUUUUGACUUUGUGGCCAAGUACCAGUUUCCUAUUCCUCUAAGUGACAGCUGUCGACCCGUGGAACGACCCCAAGAUCGUGAAUGGACGGAGUGGGUAUACCUUCUCAAACGUCUCGCAACCAAGAGACGCAUACCCGCCCGGGUAUUAUAUAAUGGCCAGAUAAAGCAAUUUGUUACCAUCUUGGAAAAUAGCCUGGAAAUGAGACAUGCUGCAAAGCAUCAAUCACGCCCAUUAAAGGAUGAUAGGAAUAUCCUCCAGCUGAUUUCCGCCGGGAUUCAGGUAGCUAAAAUUUUGAAGGACGCGGAAGCCAUGUCUUACCUAGACCGAUUAUACGUUACGACAGAACAGCAGAUUCAGGAAAGGAGUGCAAGCCGCUUUCGUCCUUAA